GUUAAACUGGCACUCACUCUUGGAACUUGAUGGGCUUUGCUUCUAGGAAUACUAAUGACGGCUUUUCUUCCACCGCUAUUCCCCCUCCUCCCGGGAGGUGGCGCUGUAGAACACCCGUACGGCCAAGCGGGGAGGCGGAACUUCCGGUCUGCGUGAGCGCGCUUCCGGCCCUGCCCGGAAGACGGUUAAUAGCUGCGUCCAUGCGCGGAGCUCAGGUGGAACUUUCAGGCUCCUUCGUGGCGCGAGGGUCAGGCGAGCGUCACGCCGAGGUCAGUUGCCCAGAGGAACACGUCGAGGCCCGCGUCACGAGCCCUGGAUGCCACUGGCAGAUUCAAGUCUUACCGGCAGAAUGUGUGAUGUGUGAUUCUUGCUCUACACGAUGGACUUCCCGAGUUGCCUCCACCCCACGUUGUUUGUGUCCGGCCCUCUUGGUCUGAGCAAUGUUCCUGAUUUGUCCUUUAUGUGCAGCUGGAGAGACCAGCUCUCCCUGCCAGAGUCCCCGUCCCAGAUCUCCGAGAGCAGGGCGCCACACUUGCCCAGGAACCUGCUGUGGGAGCCAGAGAUGCCUGGGCCCCUUCCCUUGCUGCCACCUGGUCCUGAUCCCUGGGAUCCAGGCAUAUCUGCCCGGGACCUGCUUUUCCGGGGAGGCCAUCAGUACCGGCGGGAGCCCCGGGCUGUGCUGGAUGUUACUGAGCAGCUCAGCAGCUUCCUGUGGGAUCAUGGGGACAUAGCCUUUGCACCCCUGGGGAAGCUGAUGCUGGAGAAUUUCAAGUUGGAGGGAGCACGGAGCCGCUCUAAGAAGAAGACGGUGGUCAGUGUGAAGAGGCUGCUCCAGGACCUCGGUGGAUACCAGCCAUGGGGGUGUCCCUGGGCUUUCCUGAGCCAUCGACAGCGUAGGUUCUCAAUCCUUGCGGGCCAGAUCCUGGGCAGGUCAGUGACCACUCUCCUGGGAGAGCUGCUGCAUGAGGAACUGGCCACGCGGUGGAAGCAGCUGCUGCUGGAUGAUGCUUUCACAGGGGGUGCGCUUGCCUGGCUACCUGGAAGGACACCCCAUGUUGGGCAGCUGGUCUAUCCUUCAGGUGGCGCCCUAGACAGAUUGUCUUUCCAAGAGGUCCAUCUGACCCAAGGAGGUGAUACCCAGGUCCUUGGUGACCCUGGCCACAUCCAGCUCCGAGGACCUGUGCGGCAGGUAGUGACCCGCACCGUGCAGGGAGAAUCUCUGCUAGCGGUUCGCUCUGACUACCACUGUGCCCUCUGGAAGGUCAGUAAGCAGGGGCAGCCGGCUCCUCUCCAGGUGCUGCAGGUCAAGAAGGGGGCCACAGGGAUCAAUCUGAGCCCUCACCUGCCCGGGGAGCUGGCCGUCUGCAGCCGUUCGGGAGCCAUCUGUCUGUGGACCCCCCAGGAUGGGCUCCAGCAAGUCUACAAAGACCCUGAGACCCUUGUGUUCCGGGACCCGUCUCCCUGGCGUUGGGCAGACUUCACUGCCCACCCUCGGGUGCUGACUGUAGGCGACCGCACAGGAGUGAAAAUCAUUGACACUCAGGGCCCACCGGGCUGUGGCCUGCUGCUCUUCCGGGGCGGGGCAGAGGCAUCGUGCCAAAAAGGGGAACGAGUGCUACUAAGCCAGUACCUGGGGGAGCCCAGCCCCGAGUCUCUGCACCCUACACUCCAUCUCGUCUGUACCCAGUUCUCGCUCUACCUGGUGGACGAGCGCAUGCCCUUGGUGCCGAUGCUGAAGUGGAACCACAGCCUUCCCUCUGCUCCCCUGCUGGCCCAGAUCCUGCCUGCACCCUGGCCCGGCUGCCCACGGCCGCUGCUCCUAGGCGGCCAGGGUGGGCAGCUGCAGCUGCUGCACAUCGCAGGAAACUGGGCCUCCACACCCCAUCUGGCCGGGCCCCCCCAGUGUCUGCCUUCCCAGAGCGAUUCCCUCUCCGCCUUUCCCCUGCUGGAAACCAAGAGUCAUCGGCGACUGCAGGAGCGGCUGAUGGCACCAACUAUAGGUCUCACUGCCAUCAUCCCACCCUCUACAUCCACUCCAGUCUUGUCACUGUUCCAACUCUCUGAGGCUGGAGAUCUCUUCCACCAGCGCUUCCGCUUCCGGAAUGACCCUGUCUCUCAGGGAGAUCCGGAGCCCAGUGCCUCUGUGCCCCCGGUUUCCUGGAGCCCACAGGCUCUGGCCUCCUGCAGCCGGUGGUUGAAGGAGUUGCUGGAAGUACCCAUGGCUCCCCCUGUGUGGGCUGCACCCACCUUUUCACACCGCCACCUGCUGAGCUGCAGGGAGCAUCAGGAAGUUGAGAGGAAAGUGCCUGAGGGUCUCCGGGCUGCCAUGACUGCAGGUCGGAUCCUGCAGCAGAGUGACCUGGGCUCUCUCCCUACCUCAGAGCCACCUCCUGCUCCUGACUCAGGUCCUGAGGAUGAGCUCAGUGAGCGUCUGGAGGCAGCCUGGGAAGGCCGGGUGGCUGCCUGGUGGCAGAGGCAGCAGGGUGGGAGCUUGGGGCCUGGAAGACAGACCAAGCGGGCCAAGCGCCGGACCCAGCUGUCCAGCACCUUCUCCUCACUCAGUGGCCGUUUGGACCUUUCUGACGCUGUCAGCCCUCCUCACAGCCCAGACCAGACGCCCCUUGAAACCAGGCCUCAGCCCCCACUGACCCCACCCUCUCAGGAAUUCACCCAGGAGCUGUGGGCCCGGGGUGUGCCAUCAGAGCGGCAGCAGACCCUCCGGGACUAUAUGGCCAAGCUGCCCCUCCAAGGGGACAUCCGGGGUGAUGCCUGUACACCCUCCUCCCAAACCUCCAGUGUCCGGGGCCCUGCUAGGCAUCAGACCCUCCAGGACUACACACCUCAACUGUCACUCCAAAGAAACACCCUGGAACGUGCUUCUGUGCCCUUCUCCCAGACCUCCAGUAUCGGGGCCACCCGCUCUGGGCAGCAGACACCAGUCCCACCUGGCUCUCAGACACGCCGGAAGAAGGCCCGAAUGGGCUUCUGAGAGCCUGGGCCACCUCUGAGACAUGCUGUGCACUAGCCAUGCCUGCUGCAGGCCUUUCUCCUCUGAAGGUCUCUCUGACUGUGGAAACAUCUAAAACGCCAGGGUGAGGAGUAGCUCAGGACAAUAGGAUGGUCAUUUCUCCCUUAGUUUAUCUUUUUACCUAAAGAUGCUUCUGAGAGGCAUGUUGGCAGGGCCCUAGCAGUCCUGAAGGUCAGUGUCGGGCUGUGCCUGAAAGUGGGGGCUUGAGUCAGGCUACGGGGUCACCACAGAGCCUUUGGGGUAUCAUGGUGCCAGGGGUUUGCCAGCAGUAGCUGCUGCUGCUUAACUUGUGUUUAAGGAAUUUCUACCAGGGUCUAAUGUUUUGUAUAGAUGCUUUGAACUCACAUUUAGGGAUUAAAUAAACUUGUCAGGUGCACAUGGUUUGGGAUCACCAAGUUUCCAACUAGGGUGCCCUUAGCUAGCUAAAGCAUGGUCUUCUCCAGGGUUCUGCAACUGCUCUCCGGGGAGGUGGGGUGUGAUGCCCACUUGAAGGUGUCUGGGACCCCAAGAUCUACUAGGUUUCUGAGGGUCGGUGUUUCUGAGGGUUGGUGACGAGGUGGUCUUCUCGGGUAGCUGGUGGAAGGAAACCCCACAAUGGUACGGAUAUUAAAGAGUCCUGUAACACAUUACUUACAAGGACUUGGGGUGUUUAUAAAGCUCAGGGAGACAGCCAACAUCCUGCUUCCUACCACGGGGAAGGCGGUGGCUAUGCUUGGAGCCCAAGCUUGGUGCUGCUGUCACUGCCUCUGGAGGUGCCUGGGCGUAGAGCUGUCGAGGGGGCCUGCGCCCAAUGCUAGUUCCCCGUCUGUGUGAGUCCGAGGCUGGAGGCCCACCUUGGGGUUCAGUCCAAGCCAAAUUCAAUGUCCUCCUGGUGCUCUCCUGCCUCGGGCUCUGUGAGCUCUUUGGGCUCCAUCACGGGGCAUACUCUGUCCCUCUCGCUGCUGUUUCCUGAAAGAGAGGGAAGGCAGUGUUUUGGGGGGUCACUCCCUUUCUCCCUGGAUAUGGGUCUUGAGUCAACCACCUGAGGUGACAUUCAGAAAACCCUGGUGCCACCAGUGCUGGGCAGGAACAGGAGGGUUUGGGCCCCACAGUCCCCGCUUUGGGUGUGCACAGGUGGCUGCUGGACAGAUCCCAGCCAGCUCCUUCUCAGCACCAGGCAACUUGGCCCACAUGGGCCUGUUAAUGCCGGGUGGGGCCAGUGUGCCGGUUUGUCCACAUUUCUCCACCCCCCCAGGCGCUUUGCCCACCUGGUGACCCCCUUCCCUGCCAGCAGUGUCUCCAUGUGCUUCUGACCUGCACCUCCACCUGGAGGGCCCUCCUCUUUGGGCUGCUGUUGGCUUUUGCCUUGUCUCAUUUCUAGGCACAGUGUUCCUGAUGCCCUUUUCCUCUGGUGCCUUGGCCCAGAAAGGCCACUGUUUGGGAUAGUGAGAAUGGGGUGACCAUGCAGCUUCCUUUGUCCAGCACUCCUGAGCCAAGAUGGCCCAGAGGUGCAUGGCCAGAAGUAGGCCAGGGUACCGGCUUGAAGCUUCCAGCACAUGCCCACACGCAACAGGAGAGGCACAAGCUAGGCACAGGCAUCACCUGGCGACUGUGGUAAAUGCCCCCUCCAAGCACAUAGGGUUCUCAAGGCAGAGACCCUGUUGCUAUCCCUCUGGUUUAGGGAGUUAGUUUACUUCCCCACUCUCCAAGCUCCCAGCCCUGUGACCUUAAACAUAGAGCCACCUUACCUGAAAGGGAGGCUGAAAGUGGGUGACUGUCCCUGUCUUUGCAGGAAGUGGGGGUUGUAGCCUCCCCAUGGCAUGGUUGGGGCACUGGCGGGCCUGAAGUCUCGUCAAGCACCUGAAUCAGUGGGCGUGGGUGCUUUGGGGCUGAACUUGGGGAUUCCAAGUCCCUCUUUGCGGCUUCUUGAAAUAUGUUUGUGAAGGGCGUCCCCACCUUCCUGGAGGUGUCCUUGGUGACUGCGAAUAUGUUUGAAAGGCUGUCUGUAGGCCCUGGCUCCAGCACUGGGAGGGAGGUAUAGUCCAGUUCAGGGUCACUGUCGUCGCUCAGGCUCAAGAUGGCUGUGAUCUUUGGGGAGCACAUCUGCUAGAAAAAGGAGGUAGGUGUGUUGGAACCUCUGUUUUCACAGUGGUCAUUGAAAAUUUAUGUGUUAAUGCUGCUUUUUAAAUCUGUCACAAAGUGUCUCCUGUUGUCACACAUAGGAAAGGCCAAGAGUACCCAGCACCCAAAAGUCAGGCCUCGGGAUGACACCAGGCAGCCAUUCUGAGCCCCCAAAGUUGCAGUGAGCUCUGUGGCCAAUGUCUGCGCUCCUUUGCAACCUCUUUGGGUCCUUGCUUGUACCCACCCCACCACCACCACCACCACCACCACCACCACCACCACCGUCCUUAGCCCUCUGCUGGUGUCAGCUCGCCCUGCCAGCAAGCACGGCUUUGUUCAAAAACUGCAACUGGGCCCCUUGGAGGUCAGAUCCCCUGGGAGCUGUGGUCUGUGCAUCUCCAUCCCACCAUGAUGCAUGCCUCUCCCUCCCUUUGGCACACUUGGCCUCCUUGAGGCCUAAGGGAGGGGCAGGUCAUCUGGGGAGAACUCCCUGUGGAGAGCCUCCUAGACUGCUCCUUUUUUCCCUGCUGUGGUUCCCUUCCCCCGUCUGCAUGCCGCUCUGGUGCAGGCAAUCCAGGAGGUGAGCAGAACUACAUCCCGGGGCAGAAAAAGGGCAAAGUGUGGUUGUGCUCAGUGCAGGUCAUAGAAACCACUGCUAAUGUGCUAAAUCACCAGGCGUGAGCAGCAGCUCACAGACCCAGUGACACCUCGAGACCAUGAAAUGCAGUGGCGGUAGCGGUCAUGCGCUCAUCACAUGGAGCACUUCACGUCCAGGUCAGGCAAAGUCCAGGGUAAUAGGUGCUGUCAGUGACAAGACCGAAUGUGAAAGUGGGACGAUGGGGGACGUAUGGGGGAGGGAUUGAGGACCUGGGCCUGGUCCUCCAGUGAUGCGCUGGUGUCCACCUCUUCCAAAUCAGGCAGGUCCUGAAAGAGCAAAGGAGCAGUGUCACCAUUAGGGAGGGGCCCACCACACCCACCCUCCUGUAGCAGAGCAUUUAUUCCUGGAGUACAGUGUGGAGAAGCCAGGAAGGACCGGGCAGCUCAUGCACACAAGCACACAAGCACUGCAGGCGCGUGGAUCCCAUCAGGCCCAGUGUGACACGGGGCAGCGUGCUGGGACAGUUUCCAUGUCUUUCUCCUCUGUCAUAAGUGACCCAGUCAGCUCAUCGAGGGGCGUGGUGUACCUCUUCCUGUACACAUAAGUCAUGGGAUCCAUGUGGUAUAGACCAAGUGUGUUCUAGACCUCUCCCACACUGUGGGGCUCUUAAUAUUUUGUGGGUUUUGGUACCUUUAUAGCCACCUGCCCAGAAUUAAGUCCAGCAGCACUAGCAAGGGGAGAUGGCAGGACAGUCCGUCCUGUCCUGACUGUGUAGCUCUGAGCAAGCUGUACAACCUCUGGUCCUCAGUGUCAGCUGUUGGUGGUGGCAUCUUACUUGCAGGUUCUAAAAUGUUAGAGAUUAAUCUCCCAGUCCAGUGUUCACAGGCCUGGAAAGUGAGAGACCUGCUAUGACAGUUGACCAUGCUGCCGAAUUCUUCCUGAGUCACAGGAAAUGGUGCAGUUAGAAAUGAGACUUCUUUUAGAAGUUCAGCAACGCCAAAUGUGCAUGUGGGUUCAAACUCAGGGAACCCUGUGGACAGGGAUGCAGGGCGCCUCCAGCCUAACAGUGAGCACCAGGUUGGUGGGAAGCCAGGGGUGAGAAAGAGCUUUCCACCUGGAACUGUGCAGCUCCCGGGGGUCAGGACACCAAUGGGGAGGGGUCCCAUAGAGCUCACACCUAUGCCUAGAGCACUGGACACUUAUCCCAGUGGGGAAAGCUUUGGAGGAGAAGCCUUUGAGAGGCCAGCAUCAGACACAGGGUGAAGCAGCCCCUCUUGAGUCAGUUGCAUCUGGAAGCCUGAGGAGUGACAGGCCAAGAAGGUGGCACGAGCCUUUGCUUGGCGAAGGAUGAGAGGCUCUGGUGAUAAAAUGGAACUUUUCUCGAUUGUUCUGUUUAAGACUAGCUGACAGUGGCUUUGCAGCAUAGCCUCUGUGGGGAAAGAGUUUUGUAGACAGCUCAACAGGAACCACUGAGGCCUGCGAGUCUCUACCCUGAAUACACAUACAUGCCAACCGGGUGGAAGGGGAGCUUAAUAAAGUGCAGUGCCUGCUCAGGAGAUCUGGGUGGGGCCUGAAAGUCUGCAUUCCCAUGAUGCCAAGCCUGCCAUCCAAGGCCCACACUGGGUAUGGAGGGUUUCAAGGUUUUUAUCUGUCCACCUGUGUUUUGCCAAAUGGAAAGAGAUACUUGUCUGCAAGUACGGCUGGUUCCGUACAUCGAUGAAGAGUUUCUCUGUCUCCAGCUUCACGGCCCCCAUAUCCACGGCUCCCUCCAGUUCUGCCCCUGAGGCACCCUCACUGGCCACAGUCUGGGGAGCUGAUUCUGAAGAACAAUAAGAAGUGAUCCAUCUCGGGGUUCACCUCACACAUGCUCAAAUGACAAGCCCCAGGUGAAGGUGUUUCAAAGAUCAAAGGGACAAAGGCCUCCUCGGGUCUGAAGGGCUGGCUGUUCCUUGUGCCAAAAGCUACGAGAAUCCCCAGCGGGAUGGGUGACAUCUACACAGAGAUGGCAAGCCCGGGGACAGAGCCGGCCCUACUGCAGCCCGGACGUGCAGCCGAUGGAUGACUGCACAGCAGGAUGGACACAAAAUAAUCAGGACCAGUAGAAAAGGCAUGAUUGAUAGGAGCACUUUGGCAGGUUGCCACCUGCUUGGAAG